CGAAACAGCUGUCAUUGUUGACAGCUUCGAAACGUCAAAUGUACGCUAUCGUUCUCUUUCUAACUUCACCUGCUCCUCGCUCAGGCUGAACGGCCGCACGAGCAAAUACUUUAUUUAUUUACUGGUUGUACGGGAAGAAUAAAGCUACUGCUAAUCAUCAACGAAACCUUGGGAAAGAUUCAUACGGACUGCACCGGGGAGAUAGCUGAUCCGUGGCGUACGAGGAAAUCCUGCUACGUUGCAACAAGCGGAAAAAGAAAACGACGCUUGUCCUGCUGUACGGAAGAUUUGCAAAGAUAUAUCGCGAAAAGAUAACUGUCCAGAUAGUAGUAGAUACACACUUUCCCUCUUAACACUUAUUUCCCUUUACACCGUCACCAUGGAGACUGCCGCUUCAACGGAAGCUGGAACGUUAAAAAAGAAACGAAAUCGUACGAACAAAAAACCCAAACCGGAAGGAACCACCGGGGAAAAGGAGAAUAAUCCACCGGCGCCUACUACCGCAGCAAAAACUGUCCCCGAAUCUGAACGACGGCCACUCAUUGGCGAGGCUGAUGCUGCUGAGCUUACCCGUAAACCAAGCCGUCGCCGUAAGCGUAAACCAAAAGGUGACAAAAAAGAGUCGGAAUCGGAGCUGCAGACGAUAACGGCUGAGGAACUAUUUCCACCCGGGAAGAUUGUUACCCAACCGGUGGCACAGGCUGAACCACAGAAGCACGUUGCCAUUGUGCCGGGAAGCGUGUCAGAAUCGCAAAAGCCUACCGUCGAUAAGACAAAAUACGCAGGUAUUAUAGACAUCGGUCCUCGCGAACUGUUUCCGGUGGCAGAUGACCCGCAAUCGGUUGUACAAAACAUAACGUUUGAUGAAAUUUUUCCCGGCACCGAUUUGUUCGCGUUUGAUACUGGCGAUACAAUUCCUGGUAAAUUAACGUUUGCCGAAUCGAACACAUUUCAACCAACCAUUUCGAAAACUCAACCUAUAAAACGCACGAUCGAUUACGAUCAGCAAGGUUUGCAUGAUAUUUCUGCUGAGGAGCUUUUUCCUAGCUGUUUGUUAAUUGGAUUGAAAUCAAUUCCCAAGCAACCGGCAACCAUGAGUGCCCGACCGGCAGAACCCGCAGCCUCAGCUGCCACCAAAACGGAGAAAACACGUGAAGAAAUUCUGGCCGAGCGUGAGGCCAAGAAAGCGGCCAAGCUUGCGGCCAAAACCAAGAGCAAGGACAAAGAAGCAACACCCGCACAAGGCAAACCGCAACAAACAGCAACGUCCCCGCCCAAAGCAAAGGAACAACGACCGGUCAAACCGAAGGCGGAUCCUGCAGCACCAGCUGAGCUGAAAAAAUCCAGCACCGAUGCGAGCAUUUGCGAAAAGAUGAAAGAUUUGCGCAUUAGCGAUGGAGGCGGCUCGGCAGAAACAGCUGCCGGAACGAAAGAGCUAACGAAAGCGGAACGUAAGGCAGUGUUUGAAGCACAGAAUCCUUCCCUCGCCGGAACGGCACCAGGCGACGGUACGAAACCGGCCAAACCGACGCUAACGAAAGCGGAACGCCGAGCAAUUCAGGAAGCGCAACGAGCUGCCAAAGCCGAAUCGCAGCAAGCGAAGAAACGUACCACGGCCGCUGCUGGCGGAAAGCAAGAGAAGAAGCAAGCUGCUAAACCGGACAGUGAUGCUAAACCGCCCACAGCGACAAAAGCACCGGCGAAGAAAGUUGCUACCAGCGGGGCUGGUGCGGCUGGCGCACUACCACGGAAACACAUUGUUAAUUUGUUCAAUCACUUACAUCAGCCCAAGUUUGCUGCGACGGAGAUUGUCAACUCGCCCGUGCUGCAUCCGGCCGUUACGAAGCUUGGCAUACAGUAUGCAAAGGGUGCGGUCGUCGGUUCGAAGGCUCGGUGUCUCGCACUGCUAAAGGUGCUGAACCAGCUGAUACAAGACUAUGAGACACCGCCGGAGAAAGAGUUUGGUCGCAGCUUCGAGGAAAUGUUGAACGUGUCCGCGAAUCAUCUGCAACGCUGCCGGCCAUUUUCCGUCUCGAUGACGAACGCGCUGCGCCACAUAAAGAUGUACGUACGCCAGCUGGACGGUAAGGUUUCCGUGUCGGAGCAGAAGGAGUGUUUGCUGGAAACGAUCGAAUCGUACAUCCGCGAUCAGAUCGAGAAAGCGGAAGAGGCAAUCUGCUGCUCGGUGCAGGACAAGAUCUGCAAUGGUGAUGUUAUCUUAACCUACGGAUGCUCCUCGCUGAUUAAGCAUAUCCUGGAGGAAGCAAUUCGCCGGCAGAAAAUCUUCCGCGUCAUCAUCGUGAACGCACGGCCGCGGCAGGAAGAAAACGCAAUGCUGGAGGAGCUGGUCCAGCUGGGCGUUCGGUGUAUGUGUGUGCUGAUCAAUGCGGUCAGCUACGUGAUGCCGGAAGUGACGAAGGUGUUGCUCGGUGCGCACGCCCUCCUCGCGAAUGGGUCCGUCAUGAGCCGGGUAGGAACGGCCCAGAUUGCGCUGGUGGCCAAAUCCUACAACGUGCCCGUACUCGUCUGCUGUGAAACGCACAAGUUUACCGAGCGCGUACAAACGGACGCGUUCGUGUAUAACGAGAUAGGUAAUCCGAACGAUCUCGUGCUUGCCCCACGCACACGCGAUCAUACCGAAGCGAAACCGAUGCUAGCUGACUGGGAAACGAUCACCUCACUCACGAUUCUCAAUCUGCAUUACGAUGUAACGCCACCGGAGCUGGUGACGGCCGUCGUUACCGAGGUGGCAAUAUUGCCCUGUACCAGCGUGCCGGUAAUUCUGCGCAUUAAACCCUCCGACGUAACGUACUAAACUGCCCCGUAACUUGUGAGGGACGAAAAGGGAUUAGUGGUUCGCUGGAAAACGAAAUGACGAUACAAAUAGUGUUAUGCAUCGGAAGGAAGAGAACCUUGUCGAAGAAUGAUUGAAUGAAAGAAGCUAGCGGACAUCAGGUA